AUGGAUGAAGUUAACUUGGAGUACGUAAAAGAUCUCGUUGUUAACCAAAGAAAAACACACUCUGAAGUAAGCCUGAUAUUACAAGAAGCGUUUCCAGGAAAAAGAGGAUUUAGUGAAAGAUCAGUAAGAAGAUUUUGCUGUGAGAAUGACAUACACUCACAACAACGUGUAUCUAAUGACGAUUUGGAACAAUGUGCAAGGACAGUUGUUGCCAAGGUUGGGCCAGCAUGGGGUCGGAAAAUGGUGAAGGGCUAUAUGAGGAGCAUUGGUGUCACAGCUGGUGAAAAGCGCAUUGGUAGGGCUUUGUCUAUAGUGUCUCUCGCAUAUCAAGCCAAACGAAAUGCCAACACAGCAAGACAAGUCAAUCCAGUGCCAUAUAAUGCUGAGUAUUUUGGUCACAAAUUACAUUUGGAUCAAAAUGAAAAAUUGGCAUUGUAUGGGUUAACUAGAAAUGUUGUUUUACAAUAUGGAAUGUGGGACCAAAUACGCGUGGAUCAUGGAACAGAAUUUUAUCUCACAUUGCAUGUGCAAAACAGGUUGCAAGAGUAUAGAGGAAACGUAACUAGAUCACCUUACAUUCAGACCACAUCAAAGCAGAGUCUUCCUGUUGAGAGAAAGUGGGUAGAGUUUAACACUCGUGUAAAUUACCCUAUUAAAAGUGUUCUCAAUUCAAUGGCUAAUGACGAACUCAUAUAUAUGGAUGAUGACAUUACCAAAUUCUGCGUAUCAUGGUUUGUGUCGAGGGUUGCAGAUACAGGAAUAAAACAGGUUAUUGACAGUUGGAACAAUCAUCCUAUUCCAGGAAAGGGAGUUCCAAAUGAAAGAAUGCAAGCAAGUAACAAAGCAUGCUUGCUACCAACACAAGAUUUACUACCAAGUAAGGAACAAGCUGUGGCCUUAUAUGAAAGUGAAGGAGGAACUAUUACCCUACCAGAAUUGUUUGGAGUUGAUCCCAUUUAUGAAAACCCACAGCUGAAGAAAUUGCGUUUUGAUUCAUUUGUUGCUGCUUAUCCUAAUUUCAGUACAAUCUUUCAUGGUGUGGUAAAUGGAGAGAGUUACCUUUUUAAAGAAGGCCUUCAGCAUUUUAUAUCUUUGACAACAAAUCAACAUUAA